AUGCCUUCCAAUGCCACAGCUGAUGACAAUGGUGAUUCACUCUUCAAUGCCACUGCUGUAGCCAUUGACAAAGACAAGAACAGCCAGCAUGCUUUUCGUUGGGCUGUUGACAAUUUCGCGAGAAAUAACCCGGUUAUUGUCCUAAUUCAUGUCAAGCACAAAAACCAUCAAUAUAAAGUUGCUGAUGGUCAGGCUGACGAGGCUGAGGAGGUGCAGCAGCUUUUCACUUCCUCCCGUGGAUAUUGUGCCCGUAAAGGGGUUCGUUUAAAGCAGGUAGCACUAGAUCACAUUGAUGUUGCCCAGGCGGUUGCGGACUACAUCAACAGCAGUUUAAUUGGAAAUAUUGUUUUGGGUGCAUCAGGAAGAAAUGUUUUUACAAGGAAAUUCAAAAACCAAGAUGUGCCAACUAGCUUAAUGAAAAUUGCCCCGGAUUUUUGUUCUGUUUAUGUAAUCACUAAAGGAAAGAUCCUCUCUUCCAAAAAAGCACAACGAAUGCCUCCUUCUAGUGCACCGCAAAAGACACCAUCCAUGCCAGCAGUUUCAUCUCGAAGUCAGCAGGAUAAUGCUGAACUAGAUUCAGAUGGAGUUAGAGCACAGACAAGGAAGAGAGAGUGUAGAAGUACAGAACCAGGUGGAUUUCCUUCGGACAAGGUCCGUGAUCUCAUUAGAGAACCACAACAUGAGGGAGGAAGAAAGUCCAUUUCUAAUUUCUCGAUGGAAAGCACUGACCCUCCCUUCUCUGCCGGAAGACUCUCAACUUUCCGUUAUUCUACAUCUAAUGCAUCUCAAAAUACAGGGACAUUCGAGUUGGCAAUCAUGGACAGCUCGGCCCAAGGUUUAGAUAUGUCUAUUGCUUCAGCCUCCUCUCUGAACGAGUCAAACGCAGUAAGUGCAAAGUGUUCUUCAGUCAACACCACAUUUUUGGAUUAUGCUUUGCAGGACUUCUUAGAAGCUGAGAUGAGAAGACUGAGGCUUGAGCUGAAGCAGACCAUGGCAAUGUACAGCACAGCUUGCAAAGAAGCACUUUCAGCCAAAAAAAAGGCUACUGAACUUAAUCAAUGGAAGGUUGACGAGGUUCGUAAGUUUGAGGAAACCAAGCUCGCAGGAGAGGCAGCUCUUGCCAUGGCAGAGCUGGAGAAGGCCAAGUGCAGAGUUGCCAUUGAAGCAGCUGAGAAAUCACAGAAACUAGCAGAGAUGGAAGCUCGGAAAAGAAAGCAGGCGGAGAUGAAAGCUGAGCGAGAGACAGGGGAGAAGAAUCGUGCUUUGAAUGCUUUGGCACACAAUGAUGUGCGGUACAGAAGAUACACUAUUGAAGAGAUUGAAGAAGCCACGGAUAAAUUCUCACCAUCAAAUAAAAUUGGUGAAGGAGGAUAUGGACCUGUGUAUAAAGGCAAACUUGAUCAUACCCCGGUUGCCAUCAAGGCUUUAAGACCUGGUGCUGCUCAAGGGAAGAAGCAGUUCCAACAGGAGGUUGAGGUUCUCAGCACCAUUAGACACCCACACAUGGUCCUUCUUCUUGGUGCCUGCCCUGAGUAUGGAGUCUUGAUAUAUGAAUGCAUGGACAACGGAAGCUUGGAAGACAGGCUGCUUCAAAAGGACAACACCCCUCCAAUUCCAUGGAGCACACGAUUCAAAAUAGCUGCUGAGAUUGCCACAGCCCUUCUGUUCCUCCACCAAACAAAGCCAGAGCCCCUUGUCCACCGGGACCUUAAGCCAGCAAAUAUUCUUUUAGACCGUAACUAUGUGAGCAAAAUUAGUGAUGUUGGCCUUGCUCGUUUAGUCCCUCCUUCUAUAGCUGAUAGUGUCACACAAUACCACAUGACCUCAGCUGCAGGUACAUUUUGUUAUAUAGAUCCCGAGUAUCAACAAACAGGAAUGUUAACUACAAGAUCAGACAUUUACUCAAUGGGAAUAAUGUUACUCCAAAUCAUCACGGCCAAGCCUCCGAUGGGUCUUGCUCAUCAGGUGGGGAGGGCCAUUGAAAGAGGAGGAUUUUCAGACAUGCUUGACCAAGCAGUAUCGGACUGGCCUGUGGAAGAGGCGUUAAGAAUUGCAGUACUGGCGUUGAAGUGUGCUGAACUAAGGAAGAGAGACAGGCCGAGUCUUGCCACAGUUAUAGUGCCAGAACUUAACCGGUUGAGAGACUUCGGAAUGAAUUCAGAACAGCAGCACAGCCGUGGAGUAAGCAGCAGAGGUCGUAGUUGCAGUCCUCUUCCACAUCCUACGUCAACUUCACAGGCAAGGAUGUCAAAUGCAACUCAGGUUGGUCAACAUUGA